AACUUACUCGUGGGAAAACCAAUCGGGUGCACCGGGCAGCGGCAGGUUUCCCCUCCCGGAGAGUUUCCCAGGCCGGGGUCGCCGCGGCGGGGCCCUCAAUGACGGCAGCCGCGUGUUGGCUCGUUGGCUGCGGCGCCGCGGGGCGGGGCUUAGCGGCGCCUGCUGCCUUGCCAUUGGCCGCCGUGGGGCCGCUGCUGCUGCCAGUGGAGCAUCAAUGAAGUGAGGUAUAUGAGGCCGCCAUGAGGGUCCCGUACGCUAGUGUACAACGUUACGUUGGUUGGUGUGUGGCCACGUCAAGCCCUCGCACGGCCACUGCCUCACGCGCCGCCAACCGUCCCUCACGCCGCAGCCCGUGCAGCUCGCAGCCUCCAGGACGCAGCCCUCCCGACGAAACAAGAGUCUAGUGGCCAAAGAGUGAGUGUGCGUGUGUGUGGUCCGUCAGAGGACACCUGGCUGCCCUGCGUGACCCCAGUGCCACCCCGCCACCGCCGUCAUGAAGUCAGGCACCUCGCGUUCCCCUCGCGGCCCACCGGAGGUGCGGCAGGAGCGGCAGGAGAUCCGUGAGUACCUGGACAAGUUACGGCAGCUGGUGCCGGGCUGCCCCAAGGCGGGCAAGCUAUCCCGGCUGGCGGUGAUCCAGCACGUGAUCGACUACAUCGUGGAGCUGCAGGACACUCUCGUGCACCACCCCGCCAACGCCGCCGCCCUGGCCGUCGAGCAAGACGUGGCGCGCCUCGCACACGUCGACCCGCUGCUCGCCCUCCAGCGGCUCAGCGCCCACAAGUACCCGCACGGUGCUGCUCCGCUGACGCCCGAGGACCACAAGGCCGCCGGACCCGCCCCCGCCGCCAAGACAAGUGCUGACCCCUCCAUGACCGCUGCCACAGUCAGGAAAAACAGCAGUAGCUGCAGGAGGCCGCUAGGCGUGCUGUCCUCCCUCAAAAACCAAAGGCAUUAACGCCCCGCCCUUCCGGGCACUGCCCCAGCACCGCCGCCGCCCGUGAGAGAAGGACAAUGUUGAUGCGGCGAGUUUGAGACAACAGCUGUGUGGCCAGGCCCGUCACGCGGCGCGCACGCCAGACGCCCCAAAGAGAGGUGUGGCCGGUGCCCUCCGCCACGCCGGCCCUGACCCGUCCGACGGCCCGCUGCCCAUAUUGGAAACAAGACCUGGCCCGGCCCCUCCCCCCCUCCUGGGCCCCGCAGGCGGUGACCCCCCCUCCCCACACUUAACCCGGAAACACCACCAGCCAAGCCAUCGCAUCCCCGGGGCGUGGGGCCGCCUGCCGCCCGCCGCCCACGCCCGCAGGGACGCGCGGCGUGGCUGUGAUGAGCGGAAGGUGACAUGCGGGCGGCGGCACACCUGCACGAGAUGCUGCUGGUGACAACCUUCCUCCGCCUCCUCUACUUCCUCUGCUGGGCCAUAACCCCUUCGCCCCCCUCCCUUCUCUUCACACGAACCGCUCCCGCCCCGCUCCGCCCGAACACCUGCUUGGAGGAGGAAGUGCAGCUGGUCCAGGCGGCGCCACGUGACACUCCGUCCGGGGUCAGCACCGAUAAGAGAGGCCGCCCCGCCCCCCAACCCCUCGACCCUGCGCCUCAGGCCAGCUGUGGCCCGGCCAGGCGGCACGCAGGUGUGACUGACGGCGGCAGCAGCUGCGACAGACACCAGGUUCCACGAGGCGCCUCUUGCUCGUCCUGCCCUGGGUCGCCAGGGUCACCAGCACGCCCGUGCGGCGCCACGCCCUCAAGGUCACAACAGGUCACCCCGCGAUGGACGGACCGCCGCGGCUCCUUGCCGCACACACCGGCGAGGCGGCGGCAGAUAUAGUGUGCCCGUCACUCCUCCCCUCCUCUCCCGCCAGGCAGAGCAGGUCCCGGCGGCGUGACGGCCGGGCCGCCGCCUUGGGCCCACAAGGCUGGCGGGCGAGGCUGCGGCGGCAAAGGCUUUCAUAAAACAUCGUGAAGGUGACGCCCCGUACUCCCUCCCCAGCGUGCCUCCCCCCCAAACUCGGCCGUCACCUGGGCACCUCCCCCCGCGCUGACUGGGGGGGCGGCCCGCCCGACACCCCCGCCUCCGCCUACUGAAUUAUUUGCGGCGGGAACCGUUAAGCGGCGCACAAGGCGACAUCUGUCCAAUAAUCGCCACGGAUCAAUUAUUAAAUAUCUGGCCAGCUGCCGCCACUCCGCCGCGGCGUCAGCUGCCGCGGGAGGCUCACGCCGCCACGGCCGCGCCCGUGACGCGGGGCACCAGCUGCCGCUCCGCCCCGCCCCGCCGCGGCCCCUAAAAAAAGGCUACACCUGUGCCACAUCUUUCACUGGACGUCUCGACGAGCCGCUCCGCCCGGCACUGUGUGUGUGUGUGUGUGUGUGUGUGUUGGUGUGUGUGUAGGGCCGCCAGCAGGUGUGGCACGCCGGGUGUCUAUCCUCGCCGCCACAGCCGCUCGUGUGACACAGUUCCGCCAUCUGUGUAAACAUUCAUCAGUCUCGCGGCGGCGGCGGCGGCGGGGCAGCUGUGGCGGCCUGCGUGUGUGUGUGUCAAUGUUCAUUACCUCGGCACGCUGACUAACCAAGAGUUGCGACCGCGGUGCCUCCCCUCCCCUGCCCUCUGCCUCCCCUCCCUUCCCCUGCCCACGCACCCAUCCCGCUCAUCCACUUUCUUGUUACUCAAUAUUCAUCACAAAUCCCACGUGUGUAGCUUUCUGUGGCAGGGAGAGGAGGAGGAGAGGCGAGAGAGCAAGAAACAGGUGACAGGGAGGAGGGAGCGAGGAGAGGGAGAGGCGUGAGGGAGCUGGCAACGAUGACUGGGAGAGAGAGAGAAAGCUUUAGAGAGGAGGAGGAGGCGGAGGAGGUGGUGAUGGCGGUGGUGUCUUCCUCAGGUAUCCUACACACCUUUUGCUUCCUUAUACACCCGCUACAACCCCCCCCCCUCCCCCCACCCACCCUGCCUCAGUGCUACACUCACCCCGCCCAAGGCAAAACGGGGUGGUAAGGGAGGUAGGGGAGGGGAGAGGGUUGAGGGGCUCUGGGUACUCCUCUUCCUCCUCUCCCCUCACCUCUCACCCUUCCUCUCCUCCUCUUCCUCCUCCUCCUCCUCCUCUCUUCUUCUUCCUAUGCUAAGUCAUCUUCCUGUUUUUUCUUCUUGUUUUGUUUUGUUUUUCUUUUCUUUUUUACGUUUGUUUGUAUCAGUGUUGCUUCUUCCUCCUCCUCCUCCUCCUCCUCCUCCUCCUCCUCCUCUUCCUCCUUCAGGCACUCCAUUUCUGUACCCUGUAAUCUGGACUUGUAUUCUCUCCUCCAAACACACACACACACACACACACACACACACACACACACACA